AUGGCCAAGAAACAGACUCCUGGGCCUGGAAGCGUGAUUCUGACCAACACGGACGGCCUGGGACGCCGGGGUUCGACUUCACAACGGCGCUGGAUGAGAUCGCUGUCGCCGGUGGGAAAGCUGUACCAUUCGAGUGCUAGCUUGAUGCAUUUUCCUAGUAAAGUUGCUGGUGGUGAAAGGUCAAGUUUGGCGGCGAGCGACGGUGAAGAAUCCAAUACGAUAGAGACUGGAAAUAGAGAUUUGGAGCCGGAUUUGGCUUGUCCUCGUGGCAUGGCAAAAAGCAUUGUGGGCUUGCUUACAACGGCAAGCGUGUAUGCAGGAAUGGGGGAUAUGGAACAGGCUGCAGAAAUUUGCGAGGAUGAUUCAUCCGCUGAAGAGGAAGGAGAUGACAGCACGGUGAGUAAAUCGGCAAAAAACAAAGAACAGCAUGAACACGAUGCAAAUGAGGAAAAUCAAGAACUUGAAUUGGAGCCAUCGGAUAACGUGAGUCCACAUGGCGAUGAAAACUCAACCGCCUCAGACUCUGCCAUCGACCUGGAUUCCCUGACGGACACAGUGACCCAUGUGUCGAAGAAAGACACACUAUUUGAAAUUUCAGUAGAACCUAAUCAUGACGCUACAUCGGUCGUUUCAACGUCGUCUGGCUCCCGUCAACUCAAGAUUUACCGCAAACUUCUGUCACGUUUCAACUUGAACGAAGCAGAGGACGAAUUUGUUCUUCGGCAAUCGUGCUGGCUUCUCAAGGAUCUGCUCAUCCAGGGUCACAUCGUUCUCACAUCUCGGCAUGUACUAUUUUUUGCUUUCCUGCCCAAAAGCACGGGUACCGCAAAAAUGUCUGGGAAUCUGUCCACUUUUUCUGGCGGUUUGAGGGGAAGAUGGAGUCGUUAUUGGGCGGUACUCAAAGACCAUACAUUAUCUCUCUACAAUUCAAGGCAGGACCUGUAUUUUCCGCUUUUGACUAUUGAUCUCAGAUACGCAAGCCGGAUAGAACUCGACAAUCGCGGCCAUGGAGCCACCGGUACAUUCAGAAUCUGCACAGAAGCCAAAACUUACAAAUUUCGUGCUGAUUCCCAUUUCUCCUCCCGUUCGUGGUCCAGCGCGUUGAAAAAGCAGCUUUUCGCAACUCAUAAUUCGGAAAACGAUUCGAUGUCAGUAAAAAUUCCCCUGGUGAAUAUUCUCGACGUGGAAGAACAAAUGGUAGUGGCACAAUCUGUGACCUUAAGGAUUCGUGUCCUGGAAAGUCCAGCCUCCUUCGCAGUGGAUGAUUACUUCUUCAUGUUUUUGGGGAAAAGUGAGAUGAAUCUGAGACAGGCCAUCAAUGCUCAACUCUCAAAAAUGGAGAAACCCCCAUUGAGGCAAUCUGAUUUGAGCCACCUCUCGCCCCCUGUUACAGAGCUUAACGAUGGACAAAGUGAGGUGCUAGAUAAAACGGCACGAGGUCGGUCAGAUUCCAAUUCUCGAAAGAUUAUAAGACGUGUUCUAUCACCAGUUUCUAAAGUUCGGAGGCCAAGCUUCCCAGUACAUGUCCAUAUCAGUCAAAAAUAUCCCCAACGCGCACUGAGUUUACUCAAAUCGAAAAACGAGAGCGAGUCGAGCACCAAAACAUCAAGUGAUGAUACAUUUGGUGGGCUCAGUCACCAUACGCUGGAAGACACAGUUGAAUUGGGGAGCCCGCAGCAACUUCAAGUGACUGCUGAUGAAAUAUCUGAUAGUGACGAGUCUGCUCAAACUUCAGAAGAUAACAAGUUGGGAACUUCCAAGCUAGCAAGCUGGACGCCACGCCCAAUCAAAAAUAUGGGAAGUAUGUGGGGUGCCCACCCUGUUCAUUAUAGACACGAUCUUGCUGAUAUAUUCCCAGAUGACGACCAGUACUUGGCAAAUGCUAAAGACCAGCUGGUUGCGAGCAAAAGGUUCAAGUCACAUUUCUCCCUAAAAGACGAUGAGAUCUUGAGAGCAGCAUACUACACUCAUCUCAACAAAAAUAUUCCUGUGUAUGGGAAGCUCUAUAUUGGCACGUCCGUGAUAUGUUUUCGAUCUUUGAUUCCCGGUAAUAAGACCAAAAUGAUCCUCCCUAUUGAGGAUCUUGAGAAUUGUUACAAGGAGCGCGGCUUCCGCUUUGGGUAUUUCGGACUCGUCUUGGUGAUUCACGGCCACGAAGAACUGUUCUUUGAGUUCAGUUUACCAAGCUCUCGGGAUGACGCGGAAUAUGUUACUUUGAAGCAAUUAGACCUUACGAAGCUCGAUGUGGAUAGCCCGAUUACAACAGUCGAUGGCAUCUCUCAGAAGCUCAGAACAGCUGACAUUUCAGCAGAGCAGAAAGCAACCGAUGCUGGAAAGCUAAGGCUUUUCGAAGACAAGAUAAAUGCCGAGGGCUUUGAUCUUCCCAUGAUGGUCGAAGAAAGCCCAUUCUACAAAACCAGCAUAACUCCAAAGAAAUCCUAUAGAUUUGGACUCUUAACUAUAGGAUCUCGCGGUGAUGUCCAGCCUUAUAUCGCCCUUGCAAAAGGUUUGCUGAAAGAAGGUCAUAGGGUUACCAUUAUAAGCCAUUCGGAGUUUGGUUCAUGGGUUAGGUCUUAUGGGAUAAAAUUCCGAGAGAUUGCAGGCAAUCCGGCAGAAUUGAUGUCUCUAAUGGUACAGCAUGGCUCCAUGAAUGUCGGGCUGCUUAGAGAAGCUUCUUCAAAGUUCAGAGAUUGGAUAUCGCAACUUCUGAGGACAUCAUGGCAAGCAUGUCAGAACCUCGAUAUUCUAAUCGAGUCCCCGUCUGCCAUGGCAGGUAUCCAUAUAGCAGAGGCGUUGCAAAUUCCAUAUUUUAGAGCAUUCACAAUGCCGUGGACGAGAACCAGAGCCUACCCACAUGCCUUCAUUGUACCAGAUCAGAAAAGGGGCGGCAACUACAAUUUCUUCACUCAUGUGCUUUUCGAGAACAUCUUUUGGAAAGGCAUUGGAGGGCAAGUGAACAAAUGGCGGAUCGAGACUUUGGGCUUGAAGAAGACCAACUUGAUGCUGAUGCAGCAAAACAAGGUUCCAUUCUUAUACAACAUAUCACCCGCCGUCUUUCCACCAUCUGUAGAUUUUAGCGAGUGGAUCAAAGUCACAGGGUACUGGUUUCUGGACGGGAAGGAUGACUACAGUCCACCAAAAGCACUUGCAGACUUCAUUGCACAAGCUCGGGGGCAAGGAAAGAAACUGGUAUACAUUGGGUUCGGAUCCAUUGUGAUUAACAACCCCAAAAAAAUGACAAAAGCAGUGGUGGAUGCUGUACUCGAAGCAGACGUCUUUUGUAUUCUGAACAAAGGAUGGUCGGAUAGAUUGGAUGAUAAUAGUAGCAGUGACGAUAUUGAAGAACCUUUUCCAGAGUGUAUUUACAGUUCAGGCUCUGUGCCGCACGACUGGCUAUUUCCUCAAAUUGACGCUGCAGUGCACCAUGGCGGAUCGGGCACAACAGGUGCCACCUUGAGAGCUGGUCUCCCAACAAUUAUAAAACCUUUUUUUGGCGACCAGUUUUUCUACGCUGGCCGCGUCGAGGACAUCGGUGCUGGCAUUAAUCUCAAGAAGUUGAACAGCAAGACGUUAUCGCGGGCACUUAAAGAAGUAACGACAAGCUCUCGGAUGUCUCACAAAGCGCAGCAAAUUCAACAAGAGAUUGCUAAGGAAGACGGUGUUGAGACAGCGAUUAGCUGCAUAUAUUCCGAACUUGAAUACGCGAAGAGUCUAGUUCAGGCAAAAUAUCAGGAAAAACAAGACGAUAUGAAAGAUCUGGGAUCACCAGAAGAAAAUUCAUGGUUUCUAGUCUAG